AGCUCGACGUGUGUAACUCAUAGACUGUAAGGUGUAACCAUUAUGAGAAGACAGGAAAACCAGACACACAGGCCAACAGCAGGCUGCCUGCCUGUACCACUUUUCAACCAGAAGAAAAGAAAUAGAGUCCCUUUGACAUCUGCUCCAUCUGAGAAUGAAUUCUUUUCUCACUGUGAAUUCAUGACAAGUACCAGCUCAGCCUCAUCUCACAACAGUUCAGCCUCAGGCACCUAUGGGUCUUACCAGACCCCAGGUCCGUCCUCCAGUACUCCACAAAGGCUUCAGUGGAACAGACAGGGUAUCCCACAAUCUACACCUCCCCAGCAAUAUGGUGGUAACAGACCUGCUCCUGGACCUGCCCCUACUUUGAGAAGCUAUGCACCUAUUCCACACCCAUACAAAGGUGGAGGCACAAGCUCAAAGAUGGGACAGCCCAGCAAUCCCGUUAGACAACAGCCUUCCAGCCCCAGUGUUAAGUCCAUAAACAGCCAGUUUCAAGACCCCCACAUCAAUGAGAGUGGACAAAGCAAACCAUCACCUCAUAUUGCGUUUUCUCAAAGGAGUCAGCAGUCAUCUUACCGACUGCCCAAUCCCACACAUCAGUAUUCCCAGCAGUCCAGACCUCCCCCUGCUCCAACCCCUUUACCCAGCAUGCCCCCUGUUCAUGACCUGCAACCUAAAAAUUCCUGGAAGUUUACCAACAGCUUUGGCCCGCAAUGUCCCCCUUUUGAUGGAAAGAGGAGCGCAAGUCGACCCCAGAUUGUUCUACAAAAUCAGACUAAGGGAACAUUUACUGUGAAACCAGCUGUUGAGAACUCACUGAGAAUCGUGACAGCAGUUAUUGAUGGCAUGAAACACUGGAGCCAGUUUAAAGACAAAGUCCCAUACUUGUUUGAAAUAUUUGCUACUCUGGACUCUGCAGUCACACUGGGUCGCCACGGAGCCAAGAACUUCCUAAUGAGAGACGUGAAGCAGGUCGUGCAGUGUGUUUUCUAUGAAAAUGAGCAGGAGCUCCCCCGUCUCAUCCGGGGUCAAGUUCAUCGCUGCGUGGGAAACUAUGACCGCAGCAGAGAUGUCCUGAAUUGUGUGUCCAUCAGACCUGGCCUCCCCUCAGAGGUGAGAAACGCUCAGGAGGCCGUCAAAGCCUGCGAUGCAGAAAUGAGGGCACUGGUCAAAUCACUGAGUGAAGUCUGACCAUCGGCAGGAAUCUUAGCAAAGUCGAGUAGUAUUUGAAGAUGGGAAAUGAGGGACACAUUUAAUGGAUUUCUAACAUCAAUAAUAGAUAACUCUUGUUAUGGUGAGAAAUACUAGUUGUCUUAAAAAGCAUGUUUUAGGUAUUAUUUAACUUUCAAAGAGUUGCAAUGAUUCUAAAUGACAUCUAAAUGACAAGUUCACUUGCAUGUUCUGAUAUUUGUAUUUUUUUUUAAAGAUAAACA